UUUGACAACCAAAUAAUGAAUGUAUGAUGCAGUGAAACUUGUAUGAGUGAUAAAAAAAAUUUUUAAAAAUUCUUAAAAAAUGGCUACUGAAGUAGAAGAAACUAUGAAGAGGAUUGCAGCCCACAAAGGUGUGGUUGGAACAAUCGUAGUUAAUUCUGAUGGUAUCCCAAUUCGAUCAACUUUAGAUAACGCAACAACAAUCCAAUAUGCCGGUUUAAUCAGUUUACUAUCAACAAAAGCACGUAGUGUUGUUCGAGAUUUAGAUCCGUCAAAUGAUUUAACAUUUUUACGAAUUCGAUCGAAAAAACAUGAAAUUAUGGUUGCGCCUGACAAAGAUUUUAUAUUAAUUGUAAUACAAUGUCCAACGGAUUGAACCAGUGGCAUUCAUUUAGUUAAAUCACACUCACAAUUUUAUAAAAAAUCUAGUUUUAUUUUUUGUUAUAU